AUGGCCCCGCUGGGCGAGGACACCCCGCUGAUCGGGGAACGCUCCUGCAGCCUCUCCUCCACCGAGACCGGCACCCUCCAGGUGUACCUGUACCACCAGGCACCUGCCCCCCGCAGCCCCCCCGGCACCACCGCCGGCGUCCUCACCUUCACCUUCGGCGAGUACACGGCUGAGGAGCUGUGCAUCCGCGCUGCCAAAGCCUGCGGCGUGCUGCCCGUCUGCCACCCACUCUUUGCCCUGGCCACUGAGGAUCUCAGCUGCUGGUUCCCUCCCAACCACCUCUUCACCGUCGAUGACUCCCGCAGCCAGGUCGUGGUGUACAGGAUCAGGUUCUUCUUCCCCAACUGGUGUGGGCUGGGACAGUCCCACCGCUUCCAGCUGCUGAAUGACCGGGCCAGCCCCGUCCUGGACUACCCCGUCAUCGACUACCUUUUUGCCCAGUCCCGCAGCGAUUUCAUCGGGGGACGCGUGGCAGUGGCGCUGAGCCUGCCCACGCAGGAGGAGUGCCUGAGCCUGGCCGUGCUGGACAUGCUGCGCAUCGCCAAGGAGAAGCGGCAGAGCCCCGACGAGGUCUUCAGCCACGUCAGCUACAAGUCCUGCAUCCCCGAGCCGCUGCGGUGCCAGAUCCAGCAGCACAGCUUCCUCACCCGCAAGCGCAUCCGCCGCCGCUUCAGCAAAUCCCUGCGGAAGAUCGGGGGCUGCCAGACGGACGGAUGCUACCUGAAGCUCAAGUACCUGCUGGACCUGGAGCGGCUGCAACGGCACUGGGCGGAGGAGAGCUUCCAUGUGCGCUCACCCGGCUCCACCACGGACAUUGCCAUCCACGUGGCCGGCGAGAGCGGCGUCUCCUGGAGCUGUGGCAGCUCCGAGAGCCGCCAGCACUUCUGCGACUUCCCCGACAUCGCCGACAUCAGCAUCAAGCAGGCAAGCCGGGAGGGCGGCCCAGUGGAGAACCGCAUCGUCACCCUCACCAAGACGGACAACCGGGUGCUGGAGGUGGAGUUCCCCACGCUGCGGGAAGCUCGCUCCUUUGUGGCUCUCGUCGACGGCUACUACCGCCUGACGGCAGAUGCCCACCACUACUUCUGUAAGGAGGUGGCCCCUCCCCGGCUCCUGGAGGACGUGGAGAACCAGUGCCACGGGCCCAUCAGCUCGGAGUUUGCGGUGAACAAGCUGAAGGUGGCGGGGAGCCGCCCGGGGUUGUACCUGCUGCGCCGCAGCCCGCAGGACUUCGACAGCUACCUGCUGACCAUCUGCGCCGAGACCCGCUCCGGCCAGGACUACAAGCGCUGCCUGAUCCGCAGGGACAAGGACGGCAACUUCUGGCUCUCGGGGGUGGCCCGGCGCUUCUGCAGCCUGCGGGAGCUGCUGGGCACCUACGGGCGCUGCGGGCUGCAGGCAGAGGGUGCCCGCAUGCGCCUGGCUGCCUGCUGCCCGCCCCUGCCCAAAGGUGACGCCGCUGCGCCGGGGCGGGGGACAGGGCACGCCCGUGGCGGUGGCGAGAGCCUGGGCCAGGGCUCCUUCACCCAGAUCUACAAGGGCGUCAAGCGGGACCAGGGGGAGGACGGGUACUACCAGACCGAGGUGGUGCUCAAGGUCAUGGACAGCAGCCACCGCAACUGCUCCGAGUCCUUCCUGGAGGCAGCCAGCAUCAUGAGCCAGCUCUCCCACAAGCACCUGGUCCUGCUGCAUGGCGUCAGCCUCGGGAAGGACAGCAUCAUGGUGCAGGAGUACGUCAGGCACGGGCCCCUGGACCUCUACCUGAAGAAGAACCAAGGCGAGGGCAAGGUGACGACGAGCUGGAAGCUGCAGGUGGCCAAGCAGCUGGCAUACGCCCUCAACUACCUGGAGGACAAGAAAAUCACCCACGGCAACGUCUCUGCUAAGAAGGUGCUGCUGACCCGGGAGGGGGACAUGGCCAGCGGCAGCCCCCCCUUCAUCAAGCUCAACGACCCUGGAGUCAGCGUCACCGUCCUGGCUAAGGAGAUGCUGGUGGAGCGCAUCCCCUGGGUGGCCCCCGAGUGCCUCAGCGACCCCAAGAGCCUGGCGCUGCCGGCCGACAAGUGGAGCUUCGGGGCGACCCUCUGGGAGAUCUUCAGUGGUGGCAACAUGCCCGUCAGCCUGCUGGAGCCCCAGAAGAAGCUGGAUUUCUACCAGAGCAGCCUCCAGCUCCCCGCACCGAAGUGGACGGAGCUGGCCACGCUCAUCGCACAGUGCAUGGACUACCAGCCCCGCCGCCGGCCCUGCUUCCGCGCCCUCAUCCGGGACCUCAACAGCCUCAUCACCUCCGAUUACGAGCUGCUCUUGGACCUGUCGCCCACCGACGCGAUGCUCCGGGACAGCUUCUGGGGGUACGAGCCCCUCGCCAUGUGCCAGGACCCCACGCACUUCGAGGAGCGGCACCUCAAGUACAUCUCGCUGCUGGGCAAGGGCAACUUUGGGAGCGUGGAGCUGUGCCGCUACGACCCGCUGGGCGACAGCACGGGCGAGCUGGUGGCGGUCAAAAAGCUGCAGCAGGAUUCGGCCGAGGAGCUGCAGGAUUUCGAGAGGGAGAUCCAGAUCCUGCACUCGCUGCAGCACGACUUCAUCGUCCAGUACCGGGGCGUGUGCUACAGCCGGGGGCGGCGCGGGCUGCGGCUGGUGAUGGAGUACCUGCCCAACGGCUGCCUGCGGGACUACCUGCAGAAGAACCAGCCCCGCCUGGACCACAGGACCCUGCUCCUCUACGCCUGGCAGAUCUGCAAGGGCAUGGAGUACCUGGGGGCGCAGCGCUGCGUGCACCGGGACCUGGCCAGCAGGAACAUCCUGGUGGAGAGCGAGACCCACGUCAAGAUCGGGGAUUUUGGGCUGGCCAAGCUGCUGCCGCAGGACAAGGACUAUUACGUGGUGCGGGAACCCGGCCAGAGCCCCGUCUUCUGGUACGCGCCUGAGUCCCUGGCAGACAACAUCUUCUCCCGGGCAUCUGACAUUUGGAGCUUUGGGGUCCUCCUCUACGAGCUCUUCACCUACAGCAACAAGAGCAAGAGCCCCUCAGAGGAGUUCCUCCGCAUGAUGGGCACCCAGAAGACGGUGCAGAUCGUCUGCCACUUGCUGGAGCUCCUGAAGGACAACCGGCGUCUCCCGGCACCGGCCGGCUGCCCCGUGGAGGUCUACAUGUUGAUGCUGAGCUGCUGGGCCUUCACCCCCAGCACCAGACCCACCUUUGGGGAAUUGGCCCCCAAAAUCGAGGCGCUGCGGGACAGCCGGAGCAAAGCCCGUGGCACCAGACCCACCUUUGGGGAAUUGGCCCCCAAAAUCGAGGCGCUGCGGGACAGCCGGAGCAAAGCCCGUGGGUAG